GCGCACGCACGCGUACGCACGUCUGGAGCCAAAAUGGCGAAAUGAAUCAGCUGAAUGAAUGAACGAAUAAUUCUAUCGUCUUAAAUUCAGAACAUUUUCCGGCCGCACCUUGCCUUUUUCCACACACUUUGCAACGGAACCACAUUGCAACAAACAUCGUGGAAAUGAGUGAACUCACACCAGAUGAGAUUCGACGGAGGCGUCUAGCUCGACUAGAUAGAAGUCCUGCAGGUCCAGUGGCUAGGACGACACCAAGCCAGGAAUUCGGGGCGGAGCAGUCAAUGACACCUACCUCUCCUACUCAGCUUGCAGCUAGCCCAAUAAGACCUCCACUUGCUAUUGAUGUUGCAGAUUCUUCAGGUACCUGCAGUGAUCUAGGAAGAGGAAGCUCCGUAGAGGGCGCUCAGAGCAAUGCAAGCAGCCAAUCACCUGUCUCAGAGGAGCCUAUGCCCAGCUUGGAUAGCAGCGGGGUUGGGAGUCUGGACGCUGACCCACCACAGAGCAUGGAUAUGGACUGCCAAUCAGCAUGUGAUGUAGGGUCUUUGUCUCAGAUGGAUGUGGAUUCUGGUAUUGAGACUACGGAAGUGGAAGAAGUUCCCUCUGCCAAGAAGAAGUCUUCCCCUCGAUUGCUCUUAUGCGGAGUGAGUGAACACACCCUGUUGGUGGUCAUGUCUAAAGUGUUUCAUAUAUCAUGGAGAGAGCAAGGUUCAGGUGUUCUGUAUCUUAAAGAGUUGGCAGCAGAGUUUGCUGAAGAUCCAUCAAAAGUAUUUGGGAGUAUGGAAGACCUAGUGUGUUUGGUGUUGAUGGAGGUUCUCACUUUACAUUCAUCAAGUGGCAAUCCAUACUCUAAUCUACCAGAAUCUCAGGGAGCCAGUACAUCAAGCGGACCUUCCGCACCAUCGGCAACAGCCGUUGUUCAACGCGAGGCAGAGAUGCUGAAUUACCUCGUUCAGUGUGUACAGAGAGCUUCUGGAGAGGAACGAUCAGCUUCGGAAGUUUACCGACAGUAUCCAGCAAUGAGAGAGCUUUUACAGGCGACCAGACAUCAAGCUGUAUGCCACGCUGCUCUUUUACUACAGGGAGUCUUCACUCAGCCUAGGUCUUCUACUGAUCACUCACCAUUGUUACCCAUGUUAAGUGAGUUCAGUCUGCCAGGAAGCUUCCUUCAAGAGCUUGUAUUGCAGAGUUAUCCUGAUCCACAAGGAUUCAAGACUAUCUUCCUUCCUGUCAUCAUGGGGCUAAUACAGAGACUUCAACGAAGCUCCUUAUCAACGGAUGAAUACAGAACACCCCUCAUGAUUUUAAGUGAACUAUGCAGAAUAAAAGAUGGCAAUGCAAGACCUAUAUGUAGCCUUCUUGCCUCAUCCCCUCUGUGGUUACCUGAUCCUGUAAGCAGUGCAGCUGGUAGAGAGCUUGAACAACUAUCUCUUCUAGGAGCCUGCUUGAGACUUUCUGUGUUUUCUGAAGAUGAUCAAAAAGUAGCAGACAAAUACUUUGCUACAACAACAGACAGCACCAGGCUAGCAACUGAUACACUCCAAAGAGUACUAGAGCAAGUCAGGGUGGAACAGCAUCACAUUGUGCAUAGUAUGCUGGUGAACAGUGAAACCAGAGAAUCAAUGCUAUCCUUCCUAAGCAAUGUAUUAUCCAGAAACAACAAGAGAGCUCAAAUGCAGGUUGAUGAGAGCCAGGUCGCUGGGGAUGGUUUCAUGCUCAACCUCCUAGCCAUCUUCCAUCGUCUCAGUCAGAAGAUACAGCUCAACAAGGUGGAUGUACGAUACACGCAUCACCCUAAGGCUAGGAUAGACGUCUCUCAGGAAACUAAGAUGAAUAUGACGGAACAGGAGGCUCAGGAAUGGCUUAAAGGAAUUAAGCCAGAGACCUGGGUGGAGCCCAAGUUCCCAACAGAGUGUUACUUCAUGACCCUCCACUGCCAGCACCUUGCCCUGCUGCCGGCCUGCAGGCACUACUCCCAGCGGAUCAGGACCUUGAGGGAGCUCUCCAGGCUAACAGAUGAUCUUCAGAACCAGGAGCCACAGUGGAAGGGGACUCCCCUGGAGCGCAGGAACAGACAGCUCCUGGAGCGAUGGAAGUCACAGACAAAGAAAAUUGAGAAGGCUAAAGUGUGUGCUGACGCUGGUCUCCUCCAUGAGAACCUACUCAGAGGCUGCUUCCAGUUUUAUGGCACUGUCAUGUCUCUUCUAGUCGGACUCGUCAGUCCUAAGGGACCAGCCCUGCCAUUACAUACAGACAUUCCACCAGCUUUUGCUGCCCUGCCAGAAUACUACAUUGAAGACAUCGCUGAGUUUCUUCUAUUUGUCGUUCAACACAUGCCUCAGAUCUUAGAGGACACUGCCCAACAUGACAUGGUACCGUUCCUUCUCACUUUCAUGUGCUCAGGCCAAUAUCUCAAGAAUCCUUACCUCGUUGCAAAGCUUGUCGAGGUAUUCUUUGUGCUGAGUCCAGCCGUCCAGCCCAAAACUGCCAAACUCUUUGAGGCUAUUCAACUCCACUCACUCGCCAUUCCGCAUCUUGUUCCUGCACUCAUGAGAUUCUACACAGAUAUAGAGACAACGGGAGCAAGCAGUGAGUUCUACGAUAAGUUCAGUAUCCGCUACCAUAUCAGUAUCAUCUUCAAAGCACUUUGGAAGAUUCCUCUACACCAAGGUGUCUUUGUUAAAACCAGCGAGAUCCAGGAUUCCAACUUUGUGCGCUUCAUCAACAUGCUGAUGAAUGACACCACGUUCCUUCUAGAUGAGAGCAUUGGUUGCCUGAAACGCAUCCAUGAGGUCCAAGAAGCUAUGAAGGAUCAACAGAAAUGGAGAGAAAUUUCUCAGGAGGAGCAACAGAGCAGAUCUCGUCAGCUCUCUUCAGACCAGCGUCAAUGUCGGUCCUACCUCACGCUUGCCAACGAGACCCUAGAGAUGUUCAACUACCUCACUAUACAUAUCAAGAAACCCUUCCUAAGACCAGAGCUAUGCAGUCGUCUGGCGGUCAUGCUGAACUCUAACCUCCAGCAGCUCUGUGGCCCAAGGUGCAAUGAUCUUCGUGUCGAGAACCGUGAGAAGUACGGGUUUGAACCACGUAAGAUGCUUGACCAACUGACCACUAUCUAUCUCAACCUGGACAGCAAAGAACUCAUCGAGGGUAUCGCAGCCGAUGAGCGUUCUUUCUGCCAGGACAUCUUUGCUGAAGCCAUCCGCAUCAUGAACCGCAACAAGAUCAAGACCUCGUCUCAGAUCCAGCAGUUUUCUGAUCUAUCUCUGAGGGCUCAUAAGAUAGCUGAGAUGAAUCGACAGACUGAUCUAGACCUAGAGGAUGCCCCUGACGAAUUCAGAGAUCCACUAAUGGCAACAUUGAUGGAUGACCCAGUGAUCCUCCCAUCAGGCAACGUCAUGGACCGUUCAGUUAUAGAGCGCCAUCUGUUGAACUCCCAGACAGAUCCAUUCAACCGUAGCGCCCUUAAUAGUGAGAUGCUCCAACCAGCCACUGAACUGAAACAGAGGAUACAAGAAUGGAUCCAUAACAAGAUGAAGAAAGAGUGAUGAUCUAGUGAGAGUCAGACCAGGGGAGUGUUUCACAAAGACUAAGAUUAACUUAAGUUGGACUUAACUAUGGCAGGCCGAUCAUGCCACUAGUUCCUCUAACCAUUCCUGGGAUUGAUU